AGUCGUAGGCAUAUAUGUACGCAGCGGAAGAUCGCUCGUCUCGUUAGUUGCCGCUGUGGGAGUGGGAGACGCAUCAAAGAGAGACUCGUGGGCCUUACUGGAGCCACCCACACCACUGCUCGCCACCUGCACAUGCUCCAGCACGUGUGCGCCUUGCACGAUGUGCGGCGUCGCUCGUAGGCAGUAGCAGCAUCAGCGACUCGUUACCGCUAGCCCAGCAAAGGCCACCUAGGUCAGUUCUGGACGGGAAAAUACUCGGCCGGGUGUCCUCGGAGAUCAACGGUUGAAUGCUCGUCGUUUCGCGUUGUGCGCGAGUGUCAGUGCUAGACUUUAUGAUAUUACAUAUAUACAUACUAGAGUAACCAAGACGAGAGGCAAAAGAGGAGGAGAAGAGCGAGCCAGUGUAUACGUGUGGGUGCUUGUGUGUAUGUGUGGUGGAGCUGCGCUGUUGCUACUGCUGCUGCUGCUGCUGCUGCUGCUGCUUGGCUAUAUCGAGCAAACCACCCGACCGCCACCCACUCGCCCACCGAACGCCGAGGAGGAAAGAACACCUGCCACCCCCGGAGUUUGCGCGUAGCAUCGACCGACGACGCCAGCCUACAUCUUGCGAUUAUUUUUCCAUUUACCAACGACACUAACCGACUGGUUUUGCCUAAAUGGUAUUUCACACGAAAUGGUGAAAAAAUCAUCGGAGUGAGCGUCAAGACGUUAAAAUUUAGGCCAGGAAACAUCUGGUCCAUCAGAGUUUAGUCCAUCAGAGGUAUCGAACAGGAGCACCAUGCAGAGCAACCGACUCGUGGACGGUUACGAGGACAUGUUUCGGGAGAUCACAAGGAAACUUUACGGAGAUGACCUCGAGCAAAGAACGUCGAGCGUACAGAACGAGUUCGAAACGUCGGUCACGUCGUACGAGAGCGAGGCCCAUUCGGUGAACUACAAGACCGAGGAGGACGAGGACGAGGCUGACGCGUCGAUGAACAACCGGCCGAUGGACGAGGCCACGGGCAACGUCAGCCCCGACGAGGCCGGUCACUGGCACGUUGCCGACGAGCCGCUCAAGGGCACCGAUGGCAGUCGGGUGGCCUCUUACAGGGCCUUUAGCUCCACUUGGCGUUGCGAAGAAUGCGGCGAAUACAUAGACGGAGAGGCACGAGAAAUGGCGGAACACUUUGUGGAAAACCAUUCGAAUCGCAUAGAGAAGGACGGCGAGAUGUUCAACAACGUUCAGCUAGAGGAUUUGACGGAUUAUCUGGGAAAAAUCGUCACGGUAUCGAGCAAAUACCUGAAAAGUCGAACGGAAGCUGCGCAAGCCAGCGCCGUGACGCUGGAAGCGCCGGUAGUUCACAACAACUUCAUAAUCGCCGAGCUACCCGUAGUUGCUGCUUCGCAGAUUUUGCACCAGAGCGAGGAUCUGCAGCAGCAGCAUCAGCCUACGGCGACGUCCCUCUUAGCGGUCGGCUCUGGCGCAGUCAAGGCCGCUGCUGCCAAUGGCUCGAGCAACUCCGACGCCUCCGCGAACAACAAGAGCGAGCCGAGCACGCGCAAGAAGUACAUGUGUCCCCAUUGCCAUUACGGCACCGAUCGCAAGGAUCUCUUCACCAGACACGAGCACAUACAUCGAGCCGAGAAACCCUACCAUUGCUAUUUGUGCCACAAGACCUUCAGCAGACCGGAUCACGUGAAAAAACACUUUCAUCGAAUACACAGAGAGCACAAGUACGAGGUGUCGCGCAUUCGAAGAGACUUAAGCAACAGCACUAGCAGCGCCAGCAGCGUCGUUUCGAACUCGGCGACGGCCACCGUCACGAGCCCCAAAGCCAACGAUAACGUUAAUAACGCAUUCUCCAUAAUGACGAGUCCGUCGUACUCGGCGAGCAACAACAACAACACCUUCCUCGCGGUGAAAAGCCCAACUACGACGUAUCAGCUUCAACAGUUGCCGCUGAUCAGCAGCGGUCAAUCGACGGGCAACGUUAUUUAUCGCGACGCUACUCUCAAUGCCGCCGCUGCCAUCGUUGUGGCUAGUUCGACCCUUGUCAAUAAUACCAACAUCGUGCCGGCACAGCAGCAAGCUCCACAAGCCGAAGUGGCGGUGCAAAAUGCAGUCGUUCAAGCGGUCAAAAGGUUACAAAAUGGUCGGACUUCGCCCAAGCCUCCAAAAUCCAAUUCGAAAAAGAAAACAAUCAGUUGCAGCUACUGCUCUUGGAUCGGAACCGACAAUUGGUGCCUCAAGAGACACCUCAAAACGCACAACCGGCCGUACCCUUGCCAAAUUUGCGACUACAAAGCGGCUCGGGCAGAACGGCUCACCUCGCAUACGGAAAAAGUGCACAACAAGUACCAAUGCUCGAGAUGUACUUUCCUUGCUGAAGAAAAGGAUCAACUGAAGUUGCAUCAGAUGCAAAUGCACAGGAUACCGCUGGCCAACGUAGCCGCUUCGUCCAACUCGGUUUCGAGUGCCCCAGUCCAGAACGACAACGACAUGCUCAACGUGUCCAACUUAAGCAAUGUGGGAGAAGCGCACGUUGUCCUCAAUGUCGCUGGAGCUGGCAGAGCACCGCCCGGACCUCCAGUUUUUCCGGCCUCGGCGGCUACUAUAGUGCCCGCAACAGCCGCUUUGACUUCGGCUACGAUACUUAGCUUUCAUCAUAAAUUACCAGAGCAGAGACGAUCUCGAAAGCAAAGUAUGCCAAGGAAGGCUAUCGGCUAUAAAUCGGACAACGAUGAUAGCAAUAAGGAGAAUUGUGACUGAGUCAUAUCUGCCAGAAACAAAUUAGCCCAAAUUUUACCAACAAAAUCUUUGCUGCGAGCUUAUGAAAAUGCAAUAAAUGAAAGAAAAUGAAAAAGCUCGAUUAAAGUGUGAUUGGAUCUGUGCUUUCCUAGUCGAGAAGUGAUACCCGGAAGAAACCUUUAUGUACAAAAUUUGUGUAAAUAUAAUGACAAAAAUGUGUUACACACGUGUAAAUUAAUUGUAAAUUACAUGCAUUUUUUAUCUAAAUUGAAUGUUAUGUAAUAAUGAAAUGAUAAUACGCUUUGUUUUUUACCAUUUACUUAAAUUGCUUGAUUGUAAAUAAGCAUGAAUUGACUUGUAAUAAAUCGCUUUGUUUUUUACCUGAAAAUUGUGCAUAAACAUUGAAAUUAUUAUACACUCGUGUACUUGUAAGUAUGUAUUUAUGUAAUAUAUGAAUAAAAUCUAUUUGUUUGAUGUGUAAUUAUGAAGUUGAAAUAAAAGUUGUGACAAAUA